UUAACCACAGUCGUGUUUAACAUCUCCUCGCUGCUACUAAAACGCUACUAAAUACACAUACAUACAAAUAAGUACUUGGUUGAAAGUUAACAAGUUGUUCGUGUCGUUUAAUUUGGUGGAAAACAUCACCUGUUUUUUGUGGUUGUUGUUGUUGUACAUUUAUUCGUGUAAACUUAACAACAAUGCUGUACAAUAGCGUCAACUUACGCACAUUAGCGGCGUUUAAAGGACUUUUAAUUGUGUGCGCAUGCGCGGGUGUUGCACAUAGUUUAGAGUAUUAUACCGAAAAACCCUCCUAUAUGCAAACGUGUCGUAUAAAUGAACCCGAAUUCGUGAAAUGCUCCACAUCGAGCAUACAAAAGUUGAUGGAACAGUUGAGCAUAGGUAUACCUGAGGUAACGGAAGUUAUUGGUACUUUUGAUCCUUUAAAAGUGAAGGAUAUACAAUUUUCACAAGAUAAUCAAGGCGCAGUCCAACUACGUGCCAAUUUGACCGAUGUUGUUGCAACUGGACUCUCAAAAUUGAUCAUUAAAGAAAGCAAAGUAAGCAAAAAGGAUUACAGCUGGGAGACGAAGGUAUAUAUACCCAAACUACGUUUGGAGGGUCAAUACAAAAUGGCUGGCAAGAUAUUGUUGAUACCACUUAAUGGCGCCGGUCAUAUGUUUAUCGAAAUAGACAAAUUAAAUAUACUCAUGCGCACGAAAACACGCCUCUACGAGAAAGGCGGUUUCACCUUUUACAAUGUUACAAAAGUACGCAUGGAAUUGACUCCCGGUGGUGUUAAAACGAAUUUCGAAAAUAUCUUCAAUGGCAAUAGCAAAGAGGUAGAACGUAGUACAAAUCUCUUCUUCAAUGAGAAUUGGCGUGAAUUCUUUGAAGCCCUUCGCCCGUUGGUCACAGAAACUGUAGAGACUACCCUGUUGGAGAUAUUGCAGAUGGUCUUCCAUUUAAUACCGGCCAAUUUCUUUGUGGAAGAUAUACCGACAUCGACAGAAUUGUAUGGCAAAGGGAAGAAAUAGUGUAAUGAAUUUGUGGAAAUUAAUGUGAGUGUAAAGAAAUUUGUUUAAUAAAGAUUUUUUUGGAGAUAUGACAAUA